CUCUCUCUGGUCUUCUUAGAAUUGUUUCUUUUGGAGUUAACUAAAGUACUAGUACUAUAGCGUACAUUUUGAGGAAACAGCAGAAAGAAAGAUCCACUGUGGAAUGGGCAUGAGUGUAAAGAAAAUAUGACUAGGUGCAAUAUUGACGACCGUGGAGUACUUCUCGACCAAACAAUCAUUAAUAACGCUCAAGAACACAAAGAUCAUCAUAACCCAAUUACCAGAACUUGUCCUUCGUGUGGUCAUCAGAUCAAAUGCCAAGACCAGGCUGGAAUUCACCAUUUGCCGGGGCUACCAGCUGGGGUGAAGUUUGAUCCGACAGAUCAAGAGCUUCUUGAUCAUUUGGAAGGGAAGGUCACGAGGUCUGAGACAUGCAAAGUUCACCCUCUCAUAGAUGAGUUCAUCCCUACUAUAGAAGGAGAGAAUGGAAUUUGCUACACUCAUCCACAGAAACUGCCAGGAGUCAGCAAAGAUGGCCUAGUUCGCCACUUCUUCCAUCGACCCUCCAAGGCCUACACAACCGGGACUCGUAAACGACGAAAGGUCCACACCGAUGAAGACGGUGGUGAGACUCGGUGGCACAAGACGGGCAAGACCCGACCCGUAUUUGUUGGAGGAAGGGUGAAAGGGUACAAAAAGAUACUUGUUCUCUACACAAACUAUGGGAAACAAAGAAAGCCCGAGAAGACCAAUUGGGUAAUGCACCAAUACCACUUGGGAAACAACGAAGAGGAAAAAGAAGGGGAAUUAGUGGUGUCCAAGGUGUUCUACCAAACGCAGCCUAGGCAAUGUGGCUCAGUCAUGAAAGAUUUGAUGAUAAAGGGAUCACAAAAUGGGAACGACCACUCACUUGUUGAGUAUUGCAACAAUUCUAGCUCUUUCUUAUCCUUUGAGAAUGGAGGCCAAAAUGAAGAAAGUGCUACACCUGAAAUGGUUCACCAUUUUGCUGGUUCUUUCGUUUCAUGAAAAUGAAACAAGAUAACAAUAAAGAAAAUGAAGCUUUCUAGGUAUGAUAAUGAAGAGAAGGGUUGUACCUUUUUAGGA